AUGGACCGUCGAAAUUUUCUCCCUCAAUUGCAGAGUAGCAAAGCCAAGUCCAAUGGUCUUCCCGACAAAGGGUACGAUGAUGAAGAUGAUGAUGAUGAAGGGUUUAUGAGAGGGAAUAAUAUUAAGGAAGAUUUAGAAAAUGGAAAAAACAAGGUCAACAAACCUAUCUCACGAUCUCCAGUUUCUUCCAAGAUCUCUUAUGCUCUCUGGAAACUUGUGGCCAAAGAAUGGAACAGUGUGAGAGAAAUUUGGAAGAAGAAGAAGCAGAACAUGCAAGCAGAGAAGGUAGUUGACUUCUUAGUGGAGAAAGACGACUCAUGGACCCACACAAAACAUGGAGAUCCCCGAACAGAGGUUUUCUUGCCGGUGAUUCAACCGUCCAACGUCGCCGCCACAAGGAAGGCCAUGCUCGACAAGACCAGCUCCUCCCUCAAACCCCUCAAGUGUAAUGACUACCCGCCGUUGCUACUAGCAGCCAGCACCGGGAUCGUCGAGAUCGUCGAGAGAAUCAUCAAAGUUCAUCCAGACGCCGUCUCCCACAUCAGCCAGACUGACGAGCAGAACGUGCUUCAUGUGGCCAUCAAGCACCGUCAGAAGAAGAUCUAUAAGCUUCUAAAGAAAUACAAAGCCCUCAAAGGCUUGGGAUCUCACAUCACUAUCCAUAAUCGGACUUUGUUGCACCAGGUUGCGAGGAUGGACUACUAUGAUGGAGGGAACCAACCUGGUGUUGUCUUUCAACUUCAAGAGGAACUCCAUUGGUUUGAAGUAUUAACUAGGCUUAAAAGGAAAGUGAAGAGGAUAGUUCCUUGUCCUUACCAGUUAUAUUGCAACGACGAUAAGUUAACAGCAAGAGAGCUUUUUGAUUUAGAACACUCCGAAAUGCUCAAGGAAGCCCAACAGUGGAUCAAGGAGACAGCUCAAUCGUGCUCUGCCGUGUCAGUCCUCGUUGCCACGGUCGUCUUUGCUGCAGCCUACACAGUCCCUGGUGGCACCAACGACAACGGCGUCCCCGUCUUCCUUAACUCUCCGCUCUUCCUCUUCUUCACCAUCAUGGAUGUCGUAGGGCUCGCAAGCUCUCUAAUCUCAAGACUGGGUCUUCCUUCAGAACUUCUUCAAGACCGGCAAGCCCCUGGACCUGAUGCGCCCUUCAAUCUGGCCCGAGACACUACGAUCCACGUCGCGGCUCGUUCAUCUGAUGACCCCAGCCUCGUCCGGGAGCUUCAGUACAUGCUUCAGUACAAGCUAAUAUGGCUAGCGUUGAGGAAGGGAAUGCAAACUACAACACGCUUCUUCACCAAGUGUGUGUUCUGCAAGCAAGUGAACAUGGUGGACGCUGUGGUCGGGAACGAGACGAGAAGAAGCUGA